AAAAAGACCAGAUAUGGCUACUUUAAAUGAGUCAUGGGAUUUAGUGGGUGUUUAUGAUUUGUAAAUAGCAGUUUGUUUGGUGCUAUAUUGUUUUGAAUAACUGUUAACAGUGGUUGAAUAAAACUUUAUCAGUUUUCGAUGUUGUUUUAAAGAACCUGGCAGUCUCUUAGAAGUAGCUUCAUUACCAGCUUCAGAAGCAAAGGAGUGGUGACUAUUUGAAAUUUAAAUCUCUCAUGGGAAUGAGGCCCAAGAAAGUAACAAUGGGGGCUCGCAUGGAACUUCUUGACUUAGCUCGACAUCUUCGACAGGAACACUUGUUUGUAACAGCUGAACGUCAGCAACUGCAAAACUUAAAUGAAAAGGUCCUAAAUGCUGUUGAGCAUUUGUAUCAUGUUGCUUGGAUUGCUAGACGGCAGCGGGUCAACUUGGAUAACUUGAUUCUCUCUCGGCCAGAUGCACAUCCUGCAGCCUGCUGCCAACAAGCCUCUGCCCUUGAAAAUGUUAAUUUCACUGACUCUUAUAGAGUGCUUGGUGCUCAUGAUAAUGCUUAUGCUGAGUUUUUACAACAUUUUCGUGAAGACCCAAAACUUAUUGCCACAUGUCUCAUGACUGGUGAGAAACAAGGAGCUGAUACCAUACAGAGUAUGGUAGGAAUUGUUAUGUCUGCAAUAUAUGGGAGUUGUAUACUGCCUGAAGAUGAAAUUUUUGUUUUAAAAUUGCUGCGAGAGUUAAUGGUUUUACAGCUUGCAACUAGUGAAAAUCCAAGACGACUUCUUCGCCGUGGUUCAUGUGCUUUCAGCCAAGUAUACAAGACUUUUAAUGAAGGUCUCUUUAGUGCCAAGCUCUUCCUUACUGCUGCCUUACACACUCCCAUUAUGCAUCUUCUCAUGGAAGAUGACUUAUUUCUUGAUAUUGACCCUGGGAAAGCUGUUGUCAGAUUUCCUCCACAUGAACGUUUGAGACAUUUUGGAAAAGAGGGAACUCCAGAAUAUAAAGCAAACCUUUUGAAAUAUCGACAGUGGACUAUCAAUAAACUGGUAAAUCUAACCAAUCGUUUUAUUGAGGGAAUUCAUAACAACAUGUAUUGUUUUCCACAAAGUCUGUCAUGGUUGGUUAGACAAAUGUACACUCUCAUUAUGAAUGGUAAACGAGUUGAAGUUAGAGAGGUUGGUGCAAUGUGUGCUGACUUGGUGUUUGUCUUCUUCAUUUGCCCAGCAAUUGUCAAUCCAGAACCUUAUGGAAUUACAGAUGCACCUAUCAGCUUUAUAGCUCGGUUUAAUUUGAUGCAAGUAGCACAAAUUCUUCAAGUCCUUGCCAUGUCUAAAUGGGAAGAAAUUGACCCCAAAUUAAUGGAUCUGUAUGGAAAAUUUGAAAAGGACUGUAUGUCAACACUUCUGGAUCUCAUCCUUGAGGGUAGUUCAGAAGACUCUCCAAGUGAUCUGGUUUCUCAGUUACAUGAUCUCACUCGUUCAGCUGUGUUGAUUACUGAGCAAGAACUAGCUGGUUUGAUAGCAUUUCUAAGGUGCAUUGAAAGUGAAGCUGAAGAGGAAUUCUUAAAAAAGACAUUAGGAACACUACUUUCUAACCUCCCACAGGCAAUGCCAUCAAGUAAUUCUUCUGUAAGUCAAUCAAAGUUACAGUCAGGUUCAACAAGUACUCCUCCCACUUCCAAACGAAAUUUGUUGGGAAAAGUUGCUGUACAUAAGAAGAAUGCAAAGGUCGGACCUAUUUCAACCACAUCACAGGAUGUUGUAGUUGAUGACAGUACAUCUUCCGUGGUUGAUAAUGACUUUAAUACUUUAGAACUCCCCCAACCUGAUGAUGUUUUGGUCAUUUCCUUCAGUACACUAGAAUGGGAUUGUCCAGGAAUGCUAAGUGAAGAAAAGGUUUUACGAUUGGAGCAACAAAAGAAACAGAAUCGUGUGAGAAUGAAUCUAGACAGCUUGACUGGAGAAGAAGCUUACAGUGUAGCUAGUGGUCCAGAGAAAAGAACCAGGUUCUCUCUCUCUCAGGAUCAGGAGUCAAUAGGAACAAGUGAUAAUUUAGAAGCUAUUUCUGAAGCAGCAUCCAAUCAUUCAGUGUCAUCAUCACUUGAUCUAGAAAAUGAGAAUGAAAAUGACAAUUUAUCAGACAUGGUUUCAGCAAAUGUCAGUGGAAGGGAUACACCAAAUGUUAGUGGACGUGAUACUCCUUCUUCCCAAGUCGAGGAAGAACCAAGACAGCAACCACUCAACUUACCUAUUACGACUCGCAAGCAAAACCAAGAAGAUAUUGAGGACAAGUUUUGUAAAUUUGAGAUUAUGCCAAUGAUUGAAGGUGAUGAAACAAAGUCAAUGGUUAGUGACACAUGGAGCACAGAUGUUUUAGCAAGUGAUUCAGAGACAGUUGAGCAGUCAGAUGUUUCUUCACAAGUAACACUCGAGUCACAGCCACUAGGAAUAUUGGAUACUUCUGAAACAGCCAGUCAGAGUGAUGCCUGGAGUAUGGAUGUCUUGGCAUCUGAUACAGAACGACUCCUUGAACUUGAUACUGAUGAUACAGCUAGUGUGGCUCGGUCAGAUGACACUGCUCGGUCUGAAAUUGAAAAUGAAAGUUCUUCUGGUGUAGAUGUUCCAAGAUCGGAUCCACGUGAUGUUGAUGACAGUGAAACAUACACUGUCAGCAGAAGUCUUUUAGUUGUUGGUGAAACUGCUAAGUCAAUGAAUAAAUACUUGUUACGAUCACCAGAUCGUGUACUGAAAGAUCCGUCUAGAUCAACCUCAUCCCCAUUGUUUCCUCCAAGAGUUCAUGUGACCGUACUAUCUGGUGACCAACCACACACUUCAGUUGGCUUCCAACCAGUUGUGGAAGAUGCAGCUGAACCUAAUUGCUUAAGACAUCCAUCUUCAAAUACAUUACAUGUCAGAAGUCAGACUCAUUCAUCAAAAAUGUUUGAUCCUCUUUCUGUAGAUGUUACUACUCAACAAAAUGAUCUAAUAGUAAAUAAUGGAAUUUAUGAUGACCUCACCCCUACGGGAAACUUCUCCACAAACUACUUCACUUCAAAAGAAGGUGAUAUCACAUCGGAUGGUAUUCUUCAGGAUAAUAUGGCAAGCAUGCAGAGCUUGGGUCGACUAAGCUUUGCAGUAAAGAAGCUUCCUGAUGAAGGGGAUUACAACCAAGGAUCAUCUUUGUUGGACAGUUUACAAGAAACAAGUAACACAUCUAGAUCACAGUCCAGUGGAACACAACGACAGAGAUCCAGCAUAGUAGAGUUGCUCUCUCAGGAUUUAACUAAAACUCUUAACAUUCCUAGUGACAAGUCCCACACAUCAGAAGAAUCUCUAGUUGGUUCCCCUUCACGAAACAGUCUUAUUGAGUUUGAACGUGAAGUCUUAGGUAUGAAUGUGGAAGAGAAAAAUAAUGAAGUAUCAGCACAUGAACUCCCAAGAUCAGAGAAUUCAUCCCAUCAUAAUCCAUCAUCAGUUGAACAGUCACAAAAAGGCAUGCGUAGGCGCACCAAAGAUGCCCAACGAAUUAUCGAUGAAGUUUCUUGUCGGUUGAGUUCUGCCAGUUCUUCGAGUUCAGGAAGCAGUACUGGAAGCACUGACAUUACAGUUAAAGGAGCAGUGACAGCCAAUGGACCUAUACCUCUAGCUGAAUCGAAAACAGAGGGUGAUCAUUCUACUCUUAAGAUUCACACAGACCAAAAACGCACUUCGUCAUCUUCAACAACAGCGUAUACGGGGGCAAUACCCAAAUCCAUCAGUUUUGAUAAGACAGCAGAAAGAAGAUACAGGGAAGGAAUAAAUGGAGAAGAUCGAGAUAAACAUAGGAAAAGUUUUUUCAAAUUGUCUAGCUUCAAGUUUACAUUCAAACCCAAAAACAGGAAGCACAGACCUGGAGAACAACAUGAAACGACACGUCAUUCAACUGAUAGAGGUGGUAAUGGUGACAUUGUUUUGACGGAAUCUAAAGAGCGAAUAACCUAUCGCCAACUACAGCGAGCUUAUUCUGAAGAAGUUAGACCAUCAUAUCAAGAAACAAGUGAUGAGAUUUUGGCAAAGUACAGGAAAAAUCCCAUCUCUCCACAUUUGGAAGUUGGCCAGUCACAACAAGCUGUACAAGAAAGAGAAGGAAUGCCUGCUGAUGAGGAACCAACUGUUUUUGAUUCUUCCAAUCUGGAGGCAUCAUUUAUUUUUAAUGAUGCUAAAAGAAAGCUCCGUAUAGUUUUAGGCUCAGCAGACAUCCAAACUCUUCCUUGGCUAUCCACAUGGCCAGGACGUAAUUUUCCUCUUGUUGACAUGUCUGAAAGCUCAAGAUCCCAAGAAAAUGAGCUAGUACCAUUUUUGAAGGUAUUGUUAGCAGAAGCCAUCAAUUUGCAUCAAAGACCUCUUGUGGCACACCUUCAUGAAGCACUUCGGUGUGUCCACAUGUUUGACAACAAUGGAUGUCAGAAGCUGUUCCGAUCCUUAAAGGAAGAUUACAGACGGCGGGCUCCAUACAUAGCAUACUUAGUAAGGUGUAGACAAGGACUACUUUCAACACUAGCACAUCUGGAUGCUUUAACUUCAAGAAUAGUAAGAGACAAACACGUUUGUACCAAGUAUCUGAUUGCCAUGUGUGUCCGUACGUUUUUGGAAAAGAACGAUCGAAAUAUACAGCUGUUUGUUCGCAAGUUUCAAGCAUUAACAGUAUCUGAUGAGAAGGCACAGCUGGUUGAGAAGUUUCUACAAUACCUCUACAGCAGCAUGGAAACAGAUCCUAUGUGGCAGACUGCCAGCAACAUUCAGAAUGAUCAUGCUCGGAAAGUCGUUGAGCGAACUAUCAUGAGCCAGAUUUAUGUUCAUGCCCUCUACCCUAAUGGAGAUGGAGAUGUUUUACGAGAUCAGGUCCUCCAUCAACACAUGUUGAAGUUAUCCCAUGUAAUCACACCAAACCACAAGGACUUAAAAGUGUCUAAGGUUUACCAUCAUGAGUGUCCCUGGCCAUCUGCCCAAGCUGAACUAAUUACCAUCAAUGCUUAUAAGACACCACGAGAUAAAAUUCAGUGUGUUCUGCGCUGUUGUAACACCAUUAUGAACCUGCUUAGCAUGGCAGGCGAUCGGUCUGUUCCUGCGGCCGAUGAUUUCAUGCCUGUCUUGGUAUAUGUGAUGAUUAAAGCUAACCCUACAUCUUUACUUUCGACAGUACAAUAUGUUAACACCUUCUAUGAAAAACAACUGGAGGGAGAAGAAGCUUACUGGUGGACACAGUUUUGUUCUGCAGUAGAGUUUAUCAAAACUAUGGAUUACUGAAAGGAACAGAUUUCUUCUGGUGUUAAACAAGUCUUAAAUGUGAUUUUUGUUUUAAAAAUGUAUGUUGAAUUAAUAUUGUUGUUGAAUAUCAUCUGUUCUAGUUACAACUCUUCUUGACUCUUCCAAGCUUUCACCAUGUUUGGUGAAAACUUCAUUGAUAUUUACAGAUAUUUCAUACAUUUUGUAGCUGCAGUUUGCUGUUACAAACAUGCUUUGUCUAUUACAGUAUCUCACUGAUGCUAAGCAUUGCCUCUGUAGCAGCAGUUUGCUGUUACAAACAUGCUUUGUCUAUUACAGUAUCUCACUGAUGCUAAGCAUUGCCUCUGUAGCAGCAGUUUGCUGUUACAAACGUGCUUUGUUUAUUACAGCAUCUCACUGAUGCUAAGCAUUGCCUCUGUAGCAGCAGUUUGCUGUUACAAACGUGCUUUGUCUAUUACAGUAUCUCACUGAUGCUAAGCAUUGCCUCUGUAGCAGCAGUUUGCUGUUACAAAC